UCUCCCAAUCGAUAGCAAAAAUCGAUUACUCAAAGUCAACAGAGGCGCAACAGGUUCUGUAACAGCUGUUUUCGCUUAAACAUUUUGAAUAUUAAGCAUAAAGAUGAUGCGCUCCAAGCUCAUGAACCUGGUGCCCCGUGCUGUGGCCACCACUAGCAGGCAAAUGUCCACAGCUACUAAGUUGACAACGGUGCAAGUUGAUGAUAAGACUGGAAUUGCAACGUUAACAAUGAACCGGCCACCGGUCAACGGACUCAAUUUGGAAUUACUGCGCGAUAUUCAUCAGUCCAUUGAGGAAAUUGAGGGCAACAAGAGCCGCGGUCUCAUAUUGACAUCUUCGAAUCCCACAAUCUUCUCCGCCGGCUUGGAUAUCUUCGAGAUGUACAAACCAGAUAAGGAAAGAAUUCGUGCUUUCUGGACCGCUCUCCAAGAUGUUUGGCUGGCGCUUUAUGGCAGCAGUGUACCAACUGCAGCAGCCAUUAAUGGUCAUUCGCCAGCUGGUGGCUGUUUGCUGGCCACAUCUUGUGAAUAUCGUGUCAUGCUGCCCAAAUACACAAUUGGCUUGAACGAAACCAAACUAGGCAUUGUUGCACCCAAAUGGUUCAUGUCCACGUUUGAGAGCGUCUUGCCGCGUCGUCUUGCUGAGCGAGCCUUGAACCAGGGACGCAUGUUUACCACCGAGGAAGCACUGGCAGUCGGCUUGGUCGAUGAAGUAGCCAACAGCAAAGAAGAGGCGAUAGCCAAGUGUGCCCAGUUUAUUGGCACAUUUGCCAAAGUUAAUCCGUUGGCCCGCGCUCUAACCAAGCAACAGCUCAGGGCUGAAGAGUUGAAACAGUUGGAGGAUGAACGCGUACAGGAUUUGGAAAAGUUUAUUUUCUUUGUUAAUCAACCAGCCGUUCAAAAGGGACUGGGCAUUUAUUUGGAAAGUCUGAAAAAGAAGGCCACAAAGUGAACGAGAGCUUUUAAUAAAAUUUG